GCUGAUGGUUCAGGAUGGGAAACCAAAGACCGAACUGCAGAUGGCUCGUGAGCAAAAGAGAAUUGAAAAGGAGAAAGAAAAGGCAGCCAAACAGGCAAAGGCUGCAGUUGCUAAAGGGAUGAAGAGAGAAAAUUGGAUGGAUUACAUGCAAGUGCUGAUAGACUCAAAAAUUGCUGAGGACAAAGGAGGAACGGAAAUGCUAACAACUCUGGAGCUGGAAGGGAUGAAAUGUGACGUGAUCAGUCAGCCGUUACCGAACACAAUCUCUUUUAUUAGAUUUGAGCUCAGCGCUGACGAUGGUAUUGUCUCCAAAACUAAAAUUUUUGAGGAUACAGUUCUGUUAGUAGAACAAGCAGAAACAGUGGCCGCACACGUGCAAAGUGAUAACUUAGUCACACACGUGCGACAAUGCAUUUCUAUACUCUCAGAACACGUCACCUGCACAGUUACCCUUCUUGUGCUGGGUUUUGAUAAACUCAUGAAGUCUAAACGAAAAGGAACGAUAAAUAGACUUGAUUGGGAGCAGGGAGUGGUUGCGUUGCAAAUGGAGCUCAAUGUUUCAACUUACAUUAUCAAAGACACAGCACAAUUGGUAGAUAACGUGAGAAUGUACUGUAAAGCUCUGGGAGAACGGCCCCACAAACUAAAACACCACAAAGACCUGUUUAUCGGAACCUCUAAAACCCCCCUAUUCGUUGACAGAGAGGGUGGGGGCUACCUGCAAGUCUUCAUAGCUCAACUCCAAGAUAUCAGAUCCGUUAACGAAGCUGUAGCUACUGCAGUUGCUCAGCAGUACCCCUCUCCGGUUAUAUUAUCUAAUUAUAUAGACUCUACUGAUAAGGACACUGUUAUCAAUACUCUGGCUGGUAUACCUGUUAGGAGAGGUGUUGGAACGUUAGCCAACGUAAGGAGGGUUGGACCUGAGGCUGCCAAGAGGAUUGUACUCUUCUACAGCUCUUCUGAUCCUCUACAAGAGAUAGUGUAGCGGAGUAAUGUCACGUGGUGUGACGUCACCUCACGUGGUGUGACGUCACCUCACGUGGUGUGACGUCACCCACCCCACGUAGUGCGAGGUCCAGGCUCGUGGUUAUGGUGUAGUCGCUCUGUACUGCUUGCAGUUACAUAAUAUAGAAGAUAUCAACACACAAAAUGAAAUACAACACUGCAAAUUUGCAGUUUGAACUUUUUAAAUUUUAAGAAGUUUUAUUUUUAGCUUUCUAACUUAUUCUUAUUUAUUAAAUUGUUAUCUAAGUGUGUACGGUUGAGAGAAGUGUAUUUUUACAAAUAUCAUAAUUUUGUUCUUUUUCUCGGCUUAUUUUUAACACUUGACUGAUCUAAGAUUUAUUGAUUUGUAAAUUAUUAGAUUCUUUUUCCAUUAA